AUGACGACUGAUUCCGAUGAGGACUAUUCUGAAAUCUCGGGCUCGGACCGAGACGAGGAGAUCACGUGGAUAGAGUGGUUUUGUCACCUGAAGGGCAAUGAAUUCUUCGUGGAGGUUGAUGAGGAUUACAUUCAGGAUGAUUUCAACCUCACUGGCCUCAGUGCCCAGGUGCCUUGCUAUGAGGAUGCACUAAACAUGAUCCUCGACUUUGAUGAUCAAGAUGAGCAGAGAUUACAGGAUGAUCAAGCACCUUUGGUGGAAACCGCUGCCCAGAUGCUGUACGGCCUUAUCCACGCCCGCUUCAUCCUGACGAGCCGCGGAAUGGCAGCCAUGCUGGACAAGUACAACUGCUAUGUGUAUGGAAGAUGCCCGCUGGCACAGUGCGAAGCCAUCCAUCAGGCAGUGCUUCCCAUCGGCCUCUCUGACCAACUGCGGCAGAGCGCGGCCAAGGUGUACUGCCCCCACUGCAGAGAAGUCUACAUUCCAAAGUCUUCCAAAUUGGAAUGUCUUGAUGGUGCUUAUUUUGGCACUACAUUCGCUCAUUUGUUCUUCCUCACAUAUCAGCAGCUUGUCCCUCCAUGCAUGCCUCAGAUACACUGCCCGCGCAUCUAUGGCUUCAAGAUUCACAAGAGUGUGAAGGAGAACUUGCGACGGCAGAAUGACAAAGCGCAGAAACAAUUGCCAGCGGGCAGCAAAGAUGGAAAAUCCGAGCAACAGGAAGCCUCGCAAGACAAAGGCAAGAAAGACCCCGCAGCCAGCUGA